AGUUUUCUUAAUUCUCAACAGGUAAGUAACAGCAUUAGAGCAAGUCAGCAACAAUCGACUUUCAAUCUUUCAUAGUUUCAUUCUCCCUUUCGUUUUUUUUCCAAUUUCUUCAAUACCCAAACGCCAGACGGCCAGACCCAGCAGAAUGUCAACCGAACCAACAUCUAUUGAGGGUAGUGUUACACCUCCUACUUCGAUAGAUUCUGAAAAUUCGGGAGUUGGAGCUUCAAGCCAAACAAAGAGGACUACCGGGAAAAGAAAAAUUGCUCCUCAAAGGUCAGAAGUUUGGUCUCACUUCACUAAGAUUAUAAAUAGUCAGGGUGCAAGUAAGGCUAAAUGUAAUUAUUGUCAAAAGGAAUUUUGUUGUGAUAUGAAAAAAAAUGGUACAGGGUUAUUGAAAUAUCAUAUUGAUUCAUGUAAGAAAAAUCCUAGUAAUGUUGUUGAAAAUACUCAAGGACAACUAGUUUUACCUAGAAAGGGAGUUGAAGGGGGGGAAGGGAAUCUUUCAACUUGGAGAUUUGAUCAAGAAGUAUGUAGGAAAGGAGUAGCACAAAUGAUUGUGAUUGAUGAAUUACCUUUCAAGUUUGUUGAAAGUGAAGGUUUUAAGAAAUUUAUGUUUGUGGCAUGUCCUAGGUUUCAUAUUCUUUCACGAACUACUAUGACUAGGGAUGUUUAUCAAUUGUAUUUAGAUGAAAGGAUCAAGAUAAAACAACUUUUGAAAAGUUCUUGUUCUAGAGUUUGCUUAUCUACUAACACAUGGACUUCUUUCCAAAGAGUUAAUUAUUUGUGUAUCACUACUCACUUUAUUAAUAAUGAUUGGAAAUUAAAUAAAAAGAUUUUAAACUUUUGUCCAAUUUCUAGUCAUAAGGGUGAGUCCAUUGGGAUGGUGAUUGAGAAAUGCUUGUUGAAUUGGGGGAUUGAUAAGUUGUUUACUGUUACUAUUGAUAAUGCAAGUUCAAAUGAUGUUGCUAUUGGUUAUUUGAGAAAGAAAUUAAACCCUCGAGGGGGUUUAGUUCAAAAUGGUAAAUAUCUUUGUCGAAACCAUUUUUCGAUAAAACAAAAAAAAACUUUAGUUUUCAACUUAAAAACGAAAAUUGGAGCCGCCACCGAUCCUUUACUGAAGUGUGAUCGGGUCACCUUAAAAAACGAUUUUGGUCUGUGAAUUUUGAGAAAACAGGUUCGGGAGUCAGUUACGCACGAGAAAGGGUUAGCACCCUCGUAACGCCCAAAAUCGGUACCGAAUUGAUUAUUUAAUGUCUUGAUGUCAAAAGUUUGAAAAGGUUUUUAAAAUAUGAUCAUUGUAUUUAAAAAACUUGUAUAAAUCAAAUUACACAUUAAAAUAAUCUUAUUUAGGGAAUAUUCGAUUGUUUAAGUUAGAUGAAGAAAUCGAGACUCAAUACGUUAGAGUAUAAUUUCUCAAAAUUCUAAAACUUUGAAUAUUACCCUUUUUAUAGGAAAAAUUUUAUCUCAAGAAAACAAUAUGUCAUACCCAAUACAUUAGGACACAACAUGUUGAAUUCCCGAA